GCCAAAGGUAGCCAAAGGGAACGGAAACAGAGAAUGGCUGCAGUAACGGAUGAUUUUGUGAAGAAGUGCGAGAUAAAGCAGAAUGACACGCUGGGCAGGUUUGUGGUUGCCCGGUGCAAUCUCCGAGCUGGCGAGACCUUGCUGCUGGAGAACCCCAUUGUAGUGUUGCCCCAAAUGGGCGAUCGUCGCUGCUCCAAGUGCUUCAGGCUCACCGAGAGCUUUUGCAGAAAGUGCCGCCUUUUGGCCUUGUGCGAGGAUUGCGAGGAUCAUGACGUGCGCAAUUGCCAGAGGCUUUCUGAGAUGGAACUUUCGGAGGAUCAGGUGGCGAUUCUCCAGGGAAAGGAGCACACUGAAGUCCAGGCAGCCCUUAAAUGUCUGCUUCUGAGGGAGCACUCAGAAACCCAACCCCUGUACGAGGAGAUGACCCAAAUGGAAACCCAACUGGCGGCUAGGAGGGGCACAGGUAUCUGGAAAACUUACCAGGAGCAUGCCUUUGUUCCCAUGGAAAAUGGUGGAGUGUUGAAACAACUGCGUGUCGGGGCGGAUGAGGACCUGGUGCAGGGCCUUCUGGGCAUCCUUGACAUUAACGCCUUUGAGAUCAGAGCCCCAGAACCUGGUGGCUCCAUGCGAGGAUUGUACCGGAGGGCAGGACUCUUUGCCCAUAGCUGCAUGCCAAACUUGCAGACCGCCAUCGACGACGAGCGGCGGAUAAAGGUGUUCUCCAACCGGUUCAUAGCCGCCGGGGAGAUCCUCUACAAAUGCUACACAAACGUGCUCCUGGGCAACGAGGAGCGUCGACAAAUCCUCAGAGAGGGCAAGUACUUCGAAUGCACCUGUCCGCGCUGCCAGGAUCCCACCGAGCUGGGCACCCACAUGAGCAGCUUCAUCUGCAGCCAAUGCUCCUGCUCGGGGGGCUACAUAGUCCGUCAGAGGGAGACGGGCAUCUGGCAGUGCCUCUUAAAUCCGGAACACUCGCUGAAACAAGAGUUUGUAUCGAAUAUGCUCGAGCGGGCCAAGGAGGAAAUAUUCCAUGCCAGGGAUGAUAUAUACAGGUUGGAGAUGCUGUUGGCCAAGCUGACCCGCCUGCUUCAUGGAAAUCAUUACUUAAUGCUGGACAUAAAGCAAAACAUUGCCUCUAUCCUUCGUCAGAUCCUUCAGAACAUAACGCACCGACCAAACAAGAAGGUCUACGAAAGGAAGAUCCGUUUGUGCCAGGAGAUACUGCUUGUACUCAAGGUGAUAGCUCCUGGAGUCUCCAGACUAAAGGCUAUCGCUCUCUAUGAACUGGCCAACACGCAGGCUGAACUGGCCAGAAAAAUGUUCAGCGAGCAGGAGCACAGUUCCAGGGAUCUCAGGGUGGAAUUGGAACAAGUUGAGGUCAUGCUGAGGGAAUCGCUGCGGAUGCUUUUAUUUGAGCCCUUGGCCACUCCAGAAGGUCAGCUUUCGCGCACUAUGCUCCGCGAGCUGAAGGAGCUGCAGGAUGAUAUAAAAAAUCUUCGAGAAUCGAACGCCGAUGUGGUAAAUCAGUAAAAAUUCUCACCCUGGCAGUUGAAAAUUGCUAUUUAAACUUAAUGGUUUAAGCAUGACUUAAAAUGGUGUAUUUAAACUUAAAAGAAAAGAAUUAUACUGAAUUCGAAUUCGAUAACCAAUGGUAAGCUCUAACUGCGAGCUUAGUGUUAUCGAUUAUAAUUCUGGCUUUACAACAGGACACGUUUUAAAAAAAAAAUAAUAUCAUUUUAAUAUCCUUUGAUAUAAAUUUUGAGGCUAAAAAUGAUAAAGUGUCUUCGCGGUAUAUUGUUUCGAAUCAUUUUGUAUGAUUUUGUAGGUUCUUAUCUACCUUGAAUUUCCUACUCGCGCUUGAUCUGCUUGCCAUUUACAUAUUUCGGCAAUUACUUGGAAUUGAGAGCAUUUUGAUUUUGAAAGCUUGGCUUUGUAGGCUUGCAAUGCAAAAGUAGCAAAGAUUCCUUGUAUUGUCACCAGCCUUUUCAAA